AUGAGGCAUAAUGCCCAGACGGAAGCGGAGGUGCGCGCCACGCGGCUGAAAUUCAAGCGACGGCCGGAACGCAGGCACACAGAGCACGAGGCACUUCCAGAUUCGCCGCCACGUCCGGCGGAGCCGCCCCCGCCUCCGAAGAAACAAUCGGAUCCUGAGCCUCGGCCACAUUACGAGUAUGGGCCCUCGAUAAACGGCUACCGUUUUGUGACGCCGCACCCAGAUCAGAAGCCGUUUCCGAAUGUGAAUUACCACCGCCACAUCAACGGGUACGCUGCAGAGCUGCCUGAGCUGCCGCAGAAAGAGGAUCCGUACCGAGUCCGCAGAAAUGAUUACGAAGAGUAUGUCAAGCGGUGGCAGACCGUUGAUCUGGAGCACGAGCUUCCGCCUAUGCCUGUUCCUGGCGGAGAAGUGAAUCUUCAGAGCGUGGGCCAAUUUAUACCCCAUGACCAGCUUCGAGUGGAAAGGAUCCGAUGGCACCCUGAUAAAAUCCUCCGCCGUGUCAGCGAAGACAGGCGACCUGUCCUUGCCGAGAUGGUGACCAGAACGUUCCAAGUGAUCAACGAACUGUACGAGAACGCAUCCAAGUAA